AUGACAGUGAUGGAAUCUCAACCGGAGCUGUGGAUAGAGACCAACUACCCCCAGGCCCCUUGGGAGAACAUCACACUCUGGUGCAGAAGCCCUUCUCAGAUAUCUAGCCAGUUUCUGCUGCUGAAGGAUAAGACACAGAUGACCUGGGUCCAGCCUACCUACAAGACCUUUCAAGUUUCAUUCCCCAUAGGUGCCCUUAAUGAGUCCAAUACAGGUCUUUAUAGGUGCUGCUACUGGCAGGAGACAGGCUGGUCAAAGCCCAGUAAAAUUCUGGAGUUGGAGGCACCAGGCCAACUUCCCAAGCCCAUCUUCUGGAUCCUGGCCGAGAGCUCCACUCUUCCUGGAUGUAACGUUAAUGUGUUCUGCCACGGAUGGCUACAGGAUUUGGUAUACCUGCUGUUUAAAGAGGGAUAUGCUGAGCCUGUGGAUUACCAAGUCCCAACUGGGACAGUGGCUAUAUUCUCCAUUGACAACAUGACACCUGAGAAUGAAGGGGUUUACAUCUGCCGCACUCAUAUCCAGAUUCUCCCCACUCUGUGGUCAGAGCCCAGCAACCCCCUGAAGCUGAUUAUAGCAGAUAAGCCUCCCAAACCCUCUCUGUCAGCUUGGCCCAGCACCAUGUUCAAGCUGGGAAAAACCAUCACCCUUCAGUGCCGAGUACCUCAUCUAGUACUAGAAUUUUCCCUGGAACGGGAAGAUGGAGCGACAUCCCAAAAAUUUUCGGUGGAUGGAGACUUCAUCAUCAGUAAUGUUGAAGGGAAAGGCGCAGGAACCUACAGUUGCAGCUAUCGUGUAGAGGCACACCCUGACAUCUGGUCACAUCGCAGUGAGCCUCUGAAGCUGAUGGGGCCAGCAGGCUCUCUCACCUGGAAUUACGUUCUGAAUGAAGCGAUCAGGUUAUCCCUAAUCACGCAGUUUGUUGCCUUGCUGUCGGUAGUGCUGUGGAUAAGGUGGAAAUGCCGGAGACUCCGAAUCAGAGAAGCCUGGUUGCUGAGAACAGCUCAAGGGGUCACCAUGCUCUUCAUAGUCACGGCCCUUCUCUGCUGUGGUGAGUACAAGGGGGUGGGGAAGGGGCCUGGGCAGAAGCCCGGGGUGAAGUCCGUGGGGGAGGGGGCAGAGCCCUGGCAGGAAUUUCUUUUGCAGGACUGUCACCUGCGGAAGGAAGGGAAGGGUUUGUUUGGAUUGGGGGUGAAAGAGGAGGACGGGACCGGGUGGAUCGCAACUCGCCCAGCCUCAGAGCUGGUCCGGGCUGCCUUCCCCCUUGGUGCCCUGACCCAGAGCCACAUCGGGAGUUACCACUGCCAUUCCUGGGAAGAGAUGGCCGUGUCGGAGCCCAGUGAGGCGCUUGAGCUGGUGGGGACUGACAUCCUCCCCAAACCUGUCAUUUCUGCUUCCCCCCCAAUCCGGGGCCAAGAACUACAAAUCCAGUGUAAAGGAUGGCUGGCAGGCAUGGGAUUUGCUCUGUAUAAGGAGGGAGAGCAGGAACCUGUCCAGCAACUUGGUGCCGUUGGGAAAGAAGCCUUCUUUACAAUCCAAAGAAUGGAGGAUAAAGACGAAGGCAAUUACAGCUGCCGUACUCACACUGAAAAGCGCCCCUUCAAGUGGUCUGAGCCCAGUGAGCCCCUGGAGCUUGUCAUAAAAGAAAUGUACCCCAAACCCUUCUUCAAGACAUGGGCCAGCCCGGUGGUCACCCUUGGUGCCCAAGUGACUUUCAAUUGCUCGACUCCCCAGCAGCACAUGAGCUUUAUUCUUUACAAAGACGGAAGUGAAAUUGCAUCCAGUGAUGGGUCUUGGGCAAGUCCAGGGGCCAGUGCAGCUCACUUUCUGCUCGUUUCCGUGGGCACUGGCGAUGGGGGGAAUUACACCUGCCGCUAUUACGACUUUGCUGUCUGGUCUGAGCCCAGCGACCCUGUGGAGCUUGUGGUGACAGAAUUCUACCCCAAACCCACUCUCCUGGCACAGCCAGGUCCUGUGGUGCUUCCUGGGAAGAAUGUGACCCUGCACUGCCAAGGGGCCUUCCAGGGUAUGAGAUUUGCCCUCUUGCAGGAGGGAACCCAGGAUCCUUUACAGUUCCAGAGUGCCUCAGGAAACUCGGCUGACUUCAUCCUCCACACUGUUGGAGCAGAGGACUCUGGAAACUAUAGCUGUGUCUACUAUGAGACGACCAUGUCCAACAGGGGAUCACAUCUCAGCAUGCCCAUCAUGAUUUGGGUAACUGGGCCAGUCCAUGAAGUAGGGUACAUUCUGCACAAGGAAGGAGAGGCCACUUCAAUGCAGCUGUGGGGAUCCAGCAGUGAUGAUGGCGCAUUUCUCAUCACCAAUAUAUCUGGUGCUAGCAUUGGGCGUUACAGCUGCUGCUACCACCCUGACUGGACAAGCCCUAUCAAGAUACAGCCUAGCAACACUCUGGAACUCAUAGUCACAGGUUUGCUCCCCAAGCCCAGCCUGUUAGCCCAGCCUGGUCCCAUGGUGGCUCCUGGAGAAAACAUAACUCUUCAGUGCCAAGGGGAACUGCCAGACUCAACAUUUGUUCUGGUGAAGGAGGGGGCUCAACAGCCCUUAGAGCAACAGAGGCCAAGCGGGUACAGGGCUGACUUCUGGAUGCCAGCAGUGAGAGGUGAAGAUUCUGGAAUCUAUAGCUGUGUUUAUUAUUUGGACUCUGCUCCCUUCGUAGCUUCCAAUCACAGUGAUCCUCUGGAGAUCUGGGUGACUGAUAAGCCCCCCAAACCCUCUCUGUCAGCGUGGCCCAGCACUGUGUUCAAGCUGGGGAAAGAUAUCACCCUUCAGUGCCGAGGACCCCUGCCAGGUGUUGAAUUUGUCCUGGAACAUGAUGGAGAAGAAGCACCCCAGCAAUUCUCAGAGAUUGGAGACUUUGUCAUCAAUAACGUGGAAGGGAAAGGCAUUGGAAACUACAGCUGCAGCUACCGCCUCCAGGCCAACCCUGACAUCUGGUCAGAACCUAGUGAUCCCCUGGAGCUGGUGGGGGCAGCAGGGCCUGUUGCUCAGGAGUGCACUGUGGGUAACAUUGUGCGAAGUACCCUGAUUGUGGUGGUUGUUGUAGCAUUGGGGGUGGUGCUAGCCAUAGAGUGGAAGAAAUGGCCCCGACUCCGAACCAGAUGCCUGACUCUCACAGAUACGGGAAAUCUGACCACAAUCAAAGAAUUUCUCCUCCUGGGAUUUGGGAGUCUCCAUCGGUUGCAGUUUUUCUUUUUGGGGAUAUUUCUGGAAAUCUAUGUAGUGACUUUGCUUAGAAACAUUCUCAUCCUUACAGUCAUUUCUUUCAGCCACAGCCUCCAAACCCCCAUGUACUUCUUUCUGUCCAAUUUCUCCUUCCUUGAGAUCUGAUAUACUACCUCCAUUGCCCCCAAGAUGCUGAUGACCCUCCUAUCAAGUCCUGAGGUGCUGUCUUUUGCAGGCUGUGUGGCCCAGUUUUGCUUCUUUGGUUCCAUGGCAGUUGUUGAGUGCUUUCUGCUGGCUGCCAUGUCUUAUGACCGCUACCUUGCCAUCUAGCCCCUCCGGUACCCAGCCCUCAUGAACCUCCACACAUGUAUCCUGCUUGCAAGUGGAUCUUGGCUGGAUGGGUUCCUAACCCCUAUUGUCACUGACCAGCUGCCAUUCUGUGCAGCCUAUGAGAUUGACCACUUCUUUUGUGACCUGGCGCCUGUGCUAAAGCUGGCCUGUUCUGAUCCUGAGACAGUGGAGAGAACCACUUGCCUCCUGGCUUCCUUCAUCACAGUGGUGCCCUUCCCGCUCACCAUAGUCUCCUAUAUCCACAUUGUUGCUGCUGUCUUCAGGAUCCCAUCAGCUGCAGGAAAGCAAUGGGCCUUCUCCACCUGCUCUUCCCACCGUAUUGUGGUCAUGCUGUACUAUAGAACACUGGGGACAGCGUAUGCCAUUCCUACAGCAACUCAGGCUGCUGACAUUAACAAAGUUUUCUCCUUACUCUACACUGUUGUCACCCCCAUGAUCAACCCCUUUGUGUGCAGCCUGCAAAACAAGGAUGUUAAGGCAGUGAGGAGGCUCACGAAUCAGUGGGCAUAUGCUAAGGGGACCUAA